UAAGCUCCACUCCAACUCCUGACUCUGCUUGGCCAACCUCCUUACCUGUCCCUGGGUUUGACUUGCACUUUCUACUCAGGUCUCUCUCCUCUGAGGUAGGAAAAGACCAUGGGUAAGUGAGUUCUCCUUUUUGAGGUUGGAAAUAAAACUGAGACAGAGCCAGAGAGGAAGAAGGCUGGGCACGAUGUGCACCUGGAUGUCCAAGCCCUGUAGGAUUUGAACAGGAGGUAUUUCAUGGCACCAUAAAUAGACUGUGGAUUGGGGUUGCAGACCAGAGGCCCUGCAAGUUGGGAAGGGCAGGUAGGUUUGCAAGGGUCACAGUAAUUUGGUCCUCCACACCAGAGAAAUUAUCAGCUCUGUUGAGGAAAAUAUGAAGCAGGGGAGGUUAUUCCUUGGCACUUCUCCUCCAGCAUCCUUCCCACCUCUUUUCCCUGCCCUCCUUCCUGGCCUUUCCUUAUUGGCCCAAUACAGAAUUUGCUUUAUUCAUCUUUGUCUUUCCCACAGUGUUCAGCACAUAGUGUGCUUAGACAUGUUCUUUGAAUUAAGGAAGAUUCUUCCACCUGGCUUUGCUUCCUCUUUCAUGUUUUGCCACACUUUCUCACUGGAGAUUCUGAAAGUGUGUCACAUCUUAGGGAGGACAUUGGUGUGGAAUCUGCAAAAUAGCAGGUCCAGUUUGAUAACGUGGCGUCCCCACCAUCAGAAAGAAUUUGAGGGUCUUCUUUCUCCAUGCUCAAGGAGCUAGAUAUCUAUUUUUACAGCUGCUGAAGUAAUGGACACUUGGUUGGCUGCUUCACCCAUUUCUCCAGUGUUUCCUCACCAGACAGUCUGUAGCUCUCCUUUUUGCAGGCAUUAUGGAGGGAUAGCGCAUAGCAGAAGAAAUAUGAAGCAGCAUCACUGAAGUCUGAGCAACCAGCUGCAACAUCCCCAACCCAACCCAGCUUACCUCAGUGUCACGGAACCUGAUCUGAGACUUACGGCUCCCUGCUCUCAUCACAGCUCUCAGAUCCUAGAAUCUACUCCAAUUCCAGCUAGAAUGUUGUGUCAAGCACUUUGCAGAUUUGGUCAAAAGCUGGUACGCAGAUGUACACUGGAACAACCUGUGGCUGAGACUGCCAGAAGCCUGACCACUCUGGAUAUAGUGGCCCUGGGUAUGGACUAUACAAUGAAUAUAAUUGUGUAUAUCCUGCCUGGUGAAGUGGCUAGAGAUAAAGCAGGACCAUCCAUUGUGAUCUGCUUCUUGGUGGCUGGCCUAACUUCAGUGUUGACUGGGCUGACCUAUGCAGAGAUAGUUCCACAUUCUGGCUCUUCAUAUCUCUACAGCUAUGUCACUGUAGGUGAACUCGGGGCUUUCAUCACUGUCUGGAACCUCCUCCUCAUAAAUCCUGUCUAUGUAAGCAUUGUGACCCAAGCCUGGAUCUUAGUUUUUGACAAUGUUUUUGGAAACCAGAUAUUUCAGAUGCUGCAUGACAGCAUCUCACUAAAUGUUUCCCGUGUUUUUGCAGAUGUUCUAGUCUUCUUUGUUGUGUUCCUUGUGUUGUUAUUCAUAGGAUUUCUGACUUGGAAGAUUAGGCAGCUUCCUGUUGUUACCAAACUGUUCACAUUGAUGAAAAUUAUUGUUCUCAUUUUUGUCAUCAUUGCUGGCUUCAUUAAGGGGGACCUGCACAACUGGCAGCUCACAGAAGAGGACUACGUAAAGGCUGGACUCAAUGACACCUCUGGCUUGGGCCCCCUGGGGUCUGGAGGAUUUAUGCCUUUUGGCUUCCAGGGGAUUCUCCGUGGAGCAGCUACCUAUCUCUAUACAUUUGUGGGUUUCACUUUUAUUAUUACCAGAGUUGAAGAAGCCAAGAAUCCCCAACAUUCCAUCCCCAGGGGCAUUGUGAUUUCACUGUUCAUCUGUCUUUUGGUGUAUUUUGGUGUCUUUUCAGCACUUACACUCAUGGUGCCUUACUACCAGCUUCAACGUGGGAGCACCUUGCCUGAGGCAUUUCUCCAUAUUGGCUUGGCCCCUGCCUACUAUGUUGUAGCUUUUGGAUUCCUCUGUCUUUCUAUCAACUCCUUUGACUUUAUAUUCCCCAUACAACUGGUGAUACAUAUGAUGACACAGGAUGGCCUCCUAUUCCCUGUCCUUGCCAGGAUCCAAACUGGCACAAACAUCCCCAUUGUGGCCACUGUGAUCUUUGGCAUUAUUGCACUAGUCAUAGUAUUCUUCUUUGGACUCACUGAUCUUCUGGGCUUCAUGUCACUUGGGUGCCUGCUAGCUUUCUCUCUGCUGGUUUUUGGUGUUCUCAUUGUCAGGUAUCAGCCUGAGAUGCAUAAUGGGGGAAAUGAAGCAGAGGUGCAGGAUGGGAAUAGAGAAGUUGCAGCAGAGAAGCUGACUCUACAGGGAUUACUUUUUCCAGGCAGCUCCAUCCCCACUCCACUCUCUGGCCAGGUUGUCUAUAUUUGCUCCUCACUGCUUGUUCUGCUGAUCAUUCUUCUUUGCCUGGUGCUGGCCCAGUGGCCAGUUCUGCUUUCUGGAGACCCUGUGUGGAUUUCAGUGGUUGUGGUGCUCCUGGUGCUCAUCACUGAGCUCACUGGGGUCAUCUGGAGACAGCCUCAGAGCUCCACUCCCCUUUACUUUAAGGUCCCUGGUCUGCCUUUCCUCUCAGUACUGAGCAUCUUCAUGAAUGUUUACCUUAUGAUGCAGAUGACAGCUGGCACCUGGGCUAUACUUGGUGUCUGGAUGCUGAUUGGGUUUGCUAUCUACUUCAGCUAUGGAAUCCAGCACCGCCGUCAAUUAACCUUACUUAAGACCAAAACUGUGGACCUUGAACUCAGCAGUGCCAGUACAUAUUUGGUUUGACAUCAUCACACCCUAAUGCAGUCUUCCUGGUCUUCUUGUACUGGUCUUCCUGUACAAUAAUGGAACAUACUCUUGAGUGCAUGGAAAGCUAGGCCUCCCACAGAAUGUUAGUGGAGGAACACUAAUAGGACUUUGUAUUUAUUACAUAGUGAAGGAUUUGUCUUUGCUUUUUCUCCUUUUUUAAAUUUUGUCUACUUUUUAAUUGUGUCUGUAGCUGCUUACUGGAUUUUAAAAAGUUCUUAUUAAAAGAUCUAGAAAAUUGGUGCCCGGGUUGCUCAGGCAGUUGAGUGUCUGACUCUUGAUAUAAACUCAGGUCAUGAUCUCAUGGUUCAAGU